CCUAAAACCUCCUUCUGAAGGAUGGCAGCCUCCUCCUUCCGCUACGGCAUGACCAUCACUGGGGCUGUGCUGCUAGUGACAGGGACUCUGUGCUUUGCCUGGUGGAGUGACGGGGAGGUGGGCACCUCGGCCAGCAGUGGGGCUCACCUCCUGCCUCCCCGGGAAGCCGAGGCUGUUCCCAGCUCCUCCAACGCCCUGCUCCGCUCCGUCAGCUUCUUCUGCUGCGGCAUCGGUGGCAUCCUCCUCCUCUUUGGGCUCCUCUGGUCCGUGAAAGCCAACGCCAGGGUGGUCUCCCGCCGCUACCAGUACCAUUUCCCCAGGGACCUGCAGUACUUCACUGCGGAGCCUCUGGAGAAGUGGAACUGCAGCACCUGGGACUCCAGUACCAUCCCCACCUAUGAAGAAGCCCUGACCUGCAGACCUGCCCACGGUGCCCCAGCCUACGCCCAGCCUGUGGGGAGGAAGGAGGAGCUCACGCCACCCCUGUACCACUAUCUGGAGGAGGAUGAGAGCUGGCAGGUCAGCCGCCGGCGCAGCUCCUCCGACAGCGCCUUGUUCCGCCCCAGCCCAUCCUGGCUGGAGACCCAGCAGCCCAGGGAGCCACAGGCAACACCUCCCCCCAGCUAUGAAAACAUCAGUGUUCGGGGUGUCUGA